GAGGGGCGGGGUCGGGGCGGCUGAGGAGGAUUGUGCGAUCCUGAGCACCGACGGUUGAGAGUUAAGCUCGCGCGCCUCGGCAGGUGGAAUGUGGAACGGGUUUAAGAUCAUCUGGGGAGACCCUGCUCUCACUCCCACCAGGAUCGCAAAUACGUCUGGCGGAGAUGAGAGACAGGACCUUCUUGGCUGUAGCUCCCCGCCUAUGGAUCUUGCUUCCCAACGAGGAGAUUGAAUCAUGCCUUUAGUCAAACGGAAUAUUGAACCUCGGCAUCUUUGCCGAGGAGCUCUUCCUGAAGGAAUUACUAGUGAAUUAGAAUGUGUAACCAAUGGUACUCUUGCUGCUAUUAUACGCCAACUAAGCAGCCUAAGCAAGCAUGCUGAAGACAUAUUUGGAGAGCUCUUUAAUGAGGCCAACAACUUUUACAUCAGAGCAAAUUCUCUUCAAGACAGAAUUGAUCGACUUGCUGUCAAAGUUACCCAGCUGGAUUCAACAGUGGAAGAAGUUUCAUUACAGGAUAUCAACAUGAAAAAAGCAUUCAAAAGUUCUACAAUACAGGAUCAGCAGGUGGUUUCGAAGAACAGCAUUCCCAAUCCGAUCGCUGAUAUUUAUAAUCGGAGUGACAAACCCCCUCCUCUGAAUAUUCUUACUUCAUAUAGAGAUGAUAAAAAAGAUGGCCUGAAGUUCUACACUGACCCUUCCUAUUUCUUUGACCUCUGGAAAGAAAAAAUGUUGCAAGAUACAGAAGAUAAAAGGAAAGAGAAGAGACGACAAAAGGAACAAAAGCGUAUAGAUGGCACAACCCGUGAGGUGAAAAAGGUUAGAAAAGCAAGGAACAGGCGCCAGGAAUGGAAUAUGAUGGCAUAUGACAAAGAGCUUAGACCAGACAACAGGUUAUCUCAAAGUCUAUACCAUGGAGCAUCAUCGGAGGGAUCUUUGUCCCCUGAUACUAGAUCACAUGCCUCCGACAUUACCAGCUACUCAUAUCCAGCCACUCCAAAUCAUUCCAUCCAUCAGCAGCCAAUGAUGCCUUCAUAUGGAGCAGGAGAUGGCCUUGAGCAUGAAUACAGGCCACCAUCUACAACAAUGAGACAUGCUACUUUGAACAGACCUCAGCAACCACCUCCGCCCCCACCUCAAGCCUUAGAUGGAUCUCUUGGCACUGUAACAUUGGUACCAGCAGACUAUGGGAUGCUUGCAGCUCAGAUGGUGGAUUAUUACAAUCCUUCGGGACCCCCGCCGCCUCCCCCUCCACCCAUGAUUCCUUCUGCACAGACCGCUUUUGUUAGUCCUCUCCAAAUCCCUGUGCUACCUUCCCAUCCUGGACUAGUGACUGGAUCUAUGUAUUCUGCUCUUCAUCCUCCUUCUACUGGGCUUGUUGUUACAGCUCCCCCUCCUCCAGGCCCGCCUCCUCCCCCUCCAGGCCCUCCUGCUGCAGGAUCCUCUCUCUCCUCUCCGAUGCAUGCUCCUGCAGUGGCUGAGGCAAAACGACAUGAGCAUACACAGUCACCCAUCAAUGACGCUCGAAGUGAUCUUCUGGCCGCUAUUCGAAUGGGCAUCCAGCUGAAAAAAGUUCAAGAACAGCGGGAACAAGAAGCCAAGCGCGAGCCAGUUGGAAAUGAUGUGGCCACAAUUCUGUCUAGACGCAUUGCUGUGGAAUACAGUGAUUCGGAUGAUGAAUCAGAAUGUGAUGAGAACGACUGGUCAGACUAAGAUGAGAACAUAGCAUCAAAGCGUGCUGUGAAUUCCUUUAGGAAAUCAUUCAUUUUGUGUAUGAGCAGAAAUCUGUGUGGUGCAAUUAACCUAGAUUGAUGGUGAUCAGAAUGCUAUCAUUUAGCAAAUAUUGGAUCUGCUUAUGCAGAUCAAAAAAAUACUAUUUUCAUUAUCUGCUCCAGAAUAUGCCAGUGCCACUGAAUGUAGCAAACCGUAUUCAGACUCAAGAGAAAGCACUAUUUGGAAUUUCUUGACCAUGAACCCCUAUAAUUGCUUAUAAUAUUUGCAUAUUAUAAACAAUAUUUUCAGUUUAAUACAAUUAUUAGAGCUGGGAGCCUAAUUGUAAAAAAAUGGGAGAUUGCAUUUUACUUAUUUUGCAAUUUUGGCCCUUCUUUACUAAAGUGCACAAAAUGGGUAGCAGCUCAAAGUCUUUUUCUUAUUUUUUAAAUAUGUACUCUGUCCUACCUGUAUGUGGUAGGUAAAUUUUAGAUGAUUUUUUACAUCAUAGAUCUACUUUUAAAUAUUCAGGGUUGGAGUCCUACAAAUGAUGUAUGUGUGAAGGAACUGGACGACUUAUAGAAAUGCUGGAUUUUCUCCUUGUUUCCUUAGGUAUACACAAUUUUUCAUUAUCUUUCAAAAAUCUUAGGUUACAGGCAGUGGGCUCAUUACAAUGAAUAUUGCAACUAUGAUCAUUUUUUUCUUAGGAAUUGUUGAAUUGGAAAGACAAGAUAAAUGUUUGGAUCAUUCCUGUUGUUUUUUUUUUUAAUGACUACAAAAAUUAAAUUCCGGUCCUAGCAUCUAAAUACAUAAUCAAUAUUAAAGAAUGAUUAUCAGGUCACUUUGACAAUAUAGAUAUUUUUUUUAACCUCUGGUAUACAGUUUACAGAGCCGCAUAUACUAUUUGUUGAUAGACACAUAAUGCCUUUAGUCAGCUUAAGGGUACACUUGUGUCAUCCUUUUCUUGGGUGCCCUCUUCUUGUAAGCAAUCUUUUGUAAUUAGCAUGUUAUGUGCUGUUAAGUUCAGCUUCGACUGGUGGCAACUCUACGAAAGAGGCCCUGUUAUUGCUCAGGACUUGCAAGCUCAGGGUUGUGGCUUCCUUGGUGGAAUCCAUCUACCAAUAAUGUGGUCUUCCUCUUUUCCUUCUGCCUUCAACUUUACUUAGAAUGAUAUUUUCCAGGAAGUCUAUCAUCUCAUGAUAUGUCUAAGUACAAGGGUGAACUUGUUUCUUUGUCUUUUGGUGAAUCCGUGAUAUCUUGUAGAACUCUCUUCCAGCACAUUUCAAAUGGCUGCUGUCUGUCUGCUUUCUUCACUCUCCAGCUUUCACAAUCCAUUACCUAGAAAUCAUAAGUGCUACAUCAUGGAUCUUGAUUUUGGUUGAAUUUUAUAUCUGUACAGUUUAGUUCAUUCCAGAAUUCAGUUCAAUUACUCUAAAGUUAUUCAUAAGUUAUUGUUGUAUUGAAAUCUGUUUCAGCAUUGUUUGUGUUUUCAGGGUGUUGUUAAUGCCCGAUUAUGUUUAAUUGAAACAGAAGUUCGGAAAAAGUUGGUGCAGACCCUUUUUUGGGGGGUGGGGAGGGUGAGCACAAUGCCUCUCUCAGUGGAUCCACUUUUUUAUUCUUUCCUCUCAUUUUCCCUUCUUCGUCCUGUAGCCCAUAUUACCCACAGAACAGAUAGAAUUAUGAACAGAGGCAGCUACAUUCCAUUUUUGCUCACAACCUUCUUGCUUUGAAAGGACAGAUGAGUGGUCACUGAUACCAAUGUGUGGAAGUAACAAGGUCAUGGAACUUUCAGUUUCAUUUUAACCUCCUACUUGAGUAUAGGCCUUGAUGUAGGUGCCCCUGGUGGCAUAAUGGGUUAAACCCUUCAGACCAGCAAGACUGCUGACGGACAGGUCAGCGGUUCGAAUCCAGGGAGAGUGGGUUGAGUCCCUGUCAGCUCCAGCUCCCCAUGCAGGGACAUGAGGGAAACCUUCCACAAGGAUGGUAAAACAUCAAACAUCUGGGCGUCUCCUGGGCAAUGUCCUUGCAGUCGGCCAAUUCUCUCACACCAGAAGCAACUUGCAGUUUCUCAAGUUUUUUCUGACACGAAAAAAAUGGGACUUGAUAGUACUAAGUGAUUCUGUGACAUAAACCCAAUUCAUUGAAAGCUGCUGUUGCAUUCACAAUACAUUGGUAUAUAUAAGCAUAUGGAAGAUCAGUUCUAAAGUUGUCAUGUAAGGAAAAAUUAAAAAUUCACAAAUCUGAUAUGAUAAAUUAUUUUUGUUAUUGAAGAAGUAUUAGUCCCCCCCCCCCACAUUCUCUUUGAAUGUAGAUUUCUUUCACUCUUUCGCCCAAUCAAAUGAAAGGAUUUUAAACUUUUCUCUCUUUUUUGUGCAAAGAAGACUUUGAUUUAUCUUAAAUCUGGCCUCAACAACUAUGCAAUGGGUAUAGUUAAAUAUGGCUUUGAUCAAGAUAGGUGUCACAUUUUGUUCAAAGCCUACCCCAAGGUAUUUUACUCUUUCAAGUGAGCUUUUCUCUCUUUCUCCUUGUCCCCUUCCUCUGAACUGACUAAAAUACUAUCCCUAUAAAUCAUUUUGACAUAACAGUUCUAAAAUACCUGUCAUUAAAUAUAGAUUAAUACGUGAAAUGUAAUUUCCUUUUUCUGUACUAAAGGCAGUCGGGAAAAGCGAGCCAGAACAUCUCUUUAUAUUUCUUAUUUUAAGAUCUGAAUAGAAUGAUGUUGAUUAAGAAUUAUAUGUCUUAUGGCAGUUAGCUGGUAACAGGAAGGCCCAAAAAUGUUUUUUUAAUAACAUGAUUUCAAUAACAGUCUUUAAUCUUGGCAUAAAUGAAAUAAGAACAUAUUACAUUUGAGAGAUUAUGUGUGUGUUUUUCUCAUUACUAAUGAAAUUUGGAAAACUACUGCACACCCCUUUUUUUAGCUCCCAUGCCAA